CUCCACCCUGAAGAUUAUAAAUAUCAAGCACACACUUCGCCUUCUUCACACUUGAUCUUGCCAAGACUAAACUGCUGAAGAGGACGCCUGUCGCCAUGAAAGGUUUAAGAACUCUUGCGGCGUACGCACUUGCGCUCUUACUUCUGGCGACGUCCCAUUCCUGGAGCGCGCCAAAGGGAAGCUUUCAGCGCAGGAAUUGGACGCCCCAAGCAAUGCUAUAUCUAAAGGGCACACAAGGACGGCGCUUUGUAGCAGAGGACAGAAACGAAGGGGACUUAUACGACACAAUUCGUUUGGAAUCACGCACCCAAAACACAGAAAAUCUGAGUAUCUCCAAAGCGGCUGCAUUUCUCUUAAAUGUCCUCCAACAAGCCAGAGAUGAGGGGGAGCCUUACUGAAACCACAGGCUGUUACAACUCACUCUUCCAUCUGAAUA